AAACAUCACAAUGGAAACACACCUUCCUGACUCUCACUUUCAAAACAACUUUGAGUCUGGAAGGAGGUGCGCCAAUUGCGGAAGAAAAUCUCCAAGUCACGUUGUCUCUUCACUUCGAGUGCCGGUGGUUUCUGAAGAACAAAAAUAUCAACUUUAUGAUUGUUUACUGAUUUGGAUCAUUCCAGAUAUUUUGUGGAUUACUCUAAUCUCCUUUAGCUUUGGAUAUUUUGCCAUGAUACAUCUGGUUUUUUAAUACCUGCCUUUGCUAAUAGUACUGUCCUGAUAUUUCUUGGAAAAUUGUUUGUUAAGUGUUUACACAUGACAAGUUUGGUUUAUUGUUUGGAAAAGGGGUGAUACUUGUGACGUUUUUGAAAAGACAGAGACAAACUUGAGCAUGAGUUCUCUUUCUGGAAUAAAGUGUUGGGGAGAGCCUUUGCCCCCUCCAGAAUUCUUGAGAAAAUAUGGCCUGCCCCAAAUUGUGAGAAUCUUUGAAAAUAACAAAGUACAAGGACCGGCUAGAGUUGAUUUGGACAAACCUCUACUUUUAUACAAGGCAUAUGUAUGUCAACAAGUGCAUGCUCGCAGUAUAGAUAGAGAUAAAAAUGGUGGCAUUACUUGUGUGGGUCCACCAUUAGUUUUGCCCGACACUUACACGGGUUGGUUGGCUGUAAUUACAGAGGAGGGACAUACAGCCGGUUACUUCAACAGUGUGUGUGAAAUAGCUACAGCUCAAGUCCCGUAUUUCCUGUCGAGAGAUCAAACCCAAGGUUAUAAGGAGAGCACAGAUCCAAAGGGAAAUCUCAAAUAUGUAAAAGCGAAGGUAAGGGCAGGAGAAGUAUUGCAGUUCCUAGGUGCUUAUGAAGACACCACCUAUUCGUCGAAGCACUCCAAGCCUCUUCGCUAUGCCAAGGUAGUCGAUCGACAAGGAGAUCUACUAUACUUGCCAUUCCCCACUCCAGGAAAAUUCUUUUCAGUUGCGGGUCGAAGAACCCGCAGCAUCAGUCAUGUUUAUAAACUGUCACAAUUACUGGCCAUCGCCAACUUACCACUUACAGUGCGGGUUGUAAGCGGUGACAGACCACGGAACUCUCGGUGUGCUUUCACUGGUCUACUGAGACUGGAAUGGUCUGAAGAAAGGCACGUCAUUCUUGCGUGUGCUCUAAAAAGUGGAUUGGGCAAUGGUGAUCCAACUUUACUAGAGAUAGACACCAGUAGUGAGUUCACCUUCUUGAGACCCCUAGAUGACCAAAAAGCCAGACUUUCUAAAGAAUUCAAUAAAAUGAUUAGGUAUUGUAGUGAAAGGGGAGAAAGCUGGCGCCAACAAAUAAAAAUUGCUCAUCACGUGAUGCCAACGCUUAAGACCUCUUCAUCUUCGCAGAAUGGUGCCGGAUCUAGCGGCGAUACAUACGAGGAGGAAGAUUCAGCUGUCAGGUCAUCUACUGUGAAAUCUAUGUCUUCCACCAAAUCUUCGGCCUCUUCAAGACUUUUCAAGAGACUGAAGCUUUUGCAUCAAAGUUGGAAAGGUGGACUACACCGUAGCAGUAAUAACGCUAGUGGCAGCGAAGACAGUGGGGUGCAGAGGGACCGAGGACUACCACGGCAGCACUCUUCCAUUUCGGACUUUCACUUGUACGAAAGAGUUAGGGACGCCAGGGGGUACCAGCAGAGAGCCAGCUGGGGUAGAUCUUCUAUUAGCACAGAAAUAUUGGACGAUGACGGAUAUGUCACUUCGGACUUUGGAGGAGACGAUUCGUCUGCAUAUAGCUCAGUUUGCUGACGAUCGUUCGAUUUUCAUAUUCACUGACGACCCAUUCGACUGCAUUAUACCGACAACCAUUCUAUUUUUUUUUUCUUUCGUAAACGAUGCCGGUUAUGGUGCCCUACAUUGCUGAAUAAAGAUAUUUCUUGGAAUGAAGGGCGGGAUUAAGAAUUAUCUUUUGGUAAAUGUAUUCGAGCAAACGAUUUGAUGUUUGGUAUCUUUAAUAGAUCUUGCUUAAAACAAAAUAUAUGAAAUUUACAAUUGUAAAUACUGUUUUGUCCAGAUGGAAGGUUAUUUUGGAAGAUUGUUGAGACUGUUUGGCCUGAAAAAUGUUUCAAUUUAAGGAAAUUGUUUUCGAUUUCAAAUCCAAUUAGCUCACAUGAAAUAUUAUCAGGCAACUUUUAGAUGGAUCUGUAUAUAACAUAUGAAGAACAAAAUUUAAAAGCUAUUUACCUACUUAUUCCAUAUAUCUUGUAAAUAUACGGAUGUAUAUCGAUGAAUAUACGGGAAUAUGUCUUCCACCGUAUAACACUUCAAGGAAACUCUUUCUUUCGCUUUAUUGUCAAGAUAGUCAGAUUAUAAUUAAAAUAUUGAUUUUAUUGUUGAGUUUUAAUUCAUGUUGAAUUGCGCAAAAAGGUUGUUAUUGCACUAAUUUAUGUGAUAUGAAGUAAAAAGAUAAACUAAAAAUGAGUUUUACCUUUUACAAGAUUGUCUUUUAAGGUUUCGGUGCCUUCUUAAGUUGUGAUAUUUGUUUUGCUUUAGCUAUAUUUGUAUUUUCAAAAUAAAAAAAAACUUCAGUAUUUUAAUUAUUAAUUUCAAUUCUAAUACAUUUUUUAUACUUCAUCUUGGUAUUUAUAAUGGUUUAUACAUGCUGUUCAUCUGUUAGCGCAACAAAACUUUUAAAUAAACGUUUAUAAACAAUG